AGUCCUCGAGGAAUCUCGCAGACGACUUCAACGUCGAGAAUCAAUUAGCUGUUCACCUUUGAGGAGCAAGUGCAACGGCGUCAAGGCAUAUAGCUUCCUUGAAUGCCCUUCGUCGCCACCUCGGCAAAGAAUGGCACUCCAACUUUAUUCAGAUCGUACGUUUUCGACUUCAAUGUGUGUACAUCGUGCCGCAUCGCUCUUUCACGAACAGCUGCGGGCGCGCGAAGGAUUGCGAGAUACUCGACGCCAUCAUUGGCGGUAGCAGAAAGUCAGGCGGUUACUUCUGGGCAUGAUUUAGGUUCGGGUCUUCGCCCGAGACACCGACGGUCAGCGCACGAAGUGUUAGCCGGGGAAGGUCGCGCUGUGUCAAACUUGAGGGAUCAAGGGCGUUCAUCCCCGUUCGAGCGAAGAAAAGGGGAGAAUAUAGCCAAUCGUGUCUCAAAUCGAAAUCUUCGGAGCCCACUUGCACCGCUGGACGAGAUAUUCGAAGCGGUAGGCCUUCCCCCCGACGUCGAUCUUCCUCAUAAUCUUCCUCAAGGACCACCAGAGCUUGAGGAACAAUAUGAGGCGAAACUAUCACAGUAUCUUGCGAAUAACCAGGAUGAUCAAUUAUUGUUUACUGUGAGACGGAUGCACCGCAAGGGCAUUACUCUUCCCGGAAGAGCCGAAGACGUAUAUACGUUGAAAGCACUGGAGCGAAGGCAGCGUCAUCUCGCUGCUAAGGUUUUGGCCGAGGCAAUGGUAAAACGUGGACAGAUGCAGGGAUGGAGCUAUCUAUUUCGAAAUCUGGAGCCCACGUCGACCUGUGGAAAGCAAGGUGAAGUUCUGAACCUCAGGAAUAGGCUUCGGAACCGAUGGAGCAAGUUCAUCCAGAACCCUUCACAGGUGCCCACAGAAGGCGAAUGUGCGGAUGAAAUUUGGGUGUCCGCACUCAAAGCAGCGCUAGCCGUUGCAGAGCCUUUCUGCACACCUAACCAAGAAUCAAACCUCCGAGACAUGUGGGAAUUUGCACAAUCGCUGCAGUCACGAGAAAAACGCUCAUGGCUGCCAUUUCGAGAAACAGUUAUUGCCCACCUCCUUGAGAAGGUAAAUGAUGCCCAAGAUGGUGAAGCUGCAGCCGAGAAUGCACUGCUUUGGCAUUGGGAGCUUUGCCACCAGGAGCCUCUGAGGCAAGAAGCCUGGACUGUACUCGUGAAGAAAGUGAGAAGCGACAGGGUGGAAAAGACUCUGAAAACUAUCCAUGCACGGACCAUUUCUACCUUACGCACAAACGGCACUGCAGCGAAAGGUUUAGACAAUAUACGCGGGCCACGUUAUGUGACGGGAUUCUAUGAAGCAAUUAUGCUACGUGCUUCAAGAUUGGGUAAGCUCAAGGAAGCUUCCGAAUGGCACGAGUAUUGCAUGAAUGUCGAUGAGGCUCCUCUGACCACCGAACCUGCCAACCGCUUGCUUCUUUGGUAUAUGCGCUGGAAUCCCGGUAACCCUGCAAUACAGUGGUUACUGUCCUCGCUAGUCGAUGCUGGAGCAGAGUUGGUGGAAUCAACUUUGCUCUUGUUCGCAUUCUAUUUUGCUAAAGGAAAACGAAAAGACGUGUCCAGCAUCAUGAAGUUGACGAAUAUGGUGAACAAGGAAAAUGCGCGAACGGUGCUCUCUGAUCAGUUCUGGGCAAUUGCUAUCAGGGCCUGCUCUGAGAGCCAGCAACGUAAUGCUGUUAUGAGCAAGAUGGCUGAAUUUGGCUUAGAACCCGGUCCGUUAAUCUUUGAAGCCCUUAUUUCCGCUGAAUAUAGCGUUGAAACCGUCGAGAAGCUAAUUCGAGAACUGGUAACUCGGGGAUUCAAUAUUACUACAACAAUGUAUGCGUCACUUGCGCGCCUUCUUUCGAAGCAGGGCCAUGUCAAUAUCGCACUUCAAAUCCUCCGAACAGUUGUUGACACAGCUGGUACAUCUGACGAGGGACUGAUGCGAUCGGUUUUGAGAGGACUGAUGGAUGUUCAGAAUUGGGAUGAACUCGAAAACGUCCAUAAACUUAUGGUCGCUGACGGGUUAGCGAACGAGAGAACUUGGAACCUCCUUAUAAGAGCACGGGCAGAACGAGGUGAGUUACGCAGAGCAUUGCAGGGCUUGGAAGAAUUGCUCUUGAAAUCUUUCAGCGUCGAAGCUUCAACAGCGCAUGUCCUCGUUAAGCGCAUGCUUAAACCCGAAGAGCCAGCUCAAGGUGACGGCCGUUUUGCAGAGGUGCUAGACACCUCGCGUCGUAGCCAUAAGUCGGGUCUGCAGCAAGCGAUUGAGAUCGGCGUGGCAUGUAUGCGAGCGGGUGGACACGUACAUCCUGAAACGUGGAAGAUGCUUCUUUUCAAGCUGGCAAAAGAAUGCGGGAGCAAUAUCAAGAGUCUAGACUCACUUUGUCUCUGGCUAAUCCGACAGUAUACGCCCGAGGCAAAGGUAGAUGAGACCAUCGCCCGGACUCAGGCUCCAGGCGGGGAGAAAUUGAGCAUCGUCAAGAAAACGAUGAAAAGGAAGGCAGGUGACCCUGUCAAUAUAUUGCAUCGACGAGCUCUUGAAUGGGCCCAAACAAAGUCGUACGUCGCGUUACCCAAGGAUGUCACUCGAGGUCUUGUUGAUGCAAGUACAUCCGCCGUUCAUCCACUCAGAAGAAUAUUCACUCCCCCGUUCUUAAGUGCCUGUCUUUAUUACAGCUUCAACACAGGUGCGAUGCGAAACCCUAUUUACCUACGCAUGGAUCAGACAGCGAACGCGGUGAAGAUGCUCAGCCGUUGGCAGGAUCUUGGUGUUCAUAUUGAUGAUAGAGUAAUCAGCCGGAACCUACGGGUGUUUUUGAAGAAAUGGGCCGCGCUACGGCCAAAAGUGACAUCGGAUCAUGUUACUGCAAGCGUGAGGAGACUUGAGAAGGCAUGGAAGAAAGAAUUGGUGAUUCAAUCAGAUCCUCACCCUGCAGACAUGAAAAGGAAGACUGUGAUGGCGACAGAUGAUGAAGAGCAGGUGGUCAAUUGACUGAGACGUAGGUUGCGGUUGACUCUCAAUGGUGACCGGGCUACUCAGCCUGAAUGGCGAUAUGCAUACCAUUGGAUAAAAAAAUCAAUU